AUGCCCAUACACAGGAUUCUCAGAAGGUGUUUUUCAACACGUAGUUAUAAGCCACCAACUAAGGAGAUUUUACAUCCCUACGUCAAUGAGCCUGAACAUUUAUCACUUCAUCCGACCUAUAAAACUGCGAAGAUUACUGGCUUGCAAGAAUUUAUACCCAAAGAUUACUACCGACAUUUGAGGUUGGAGUCGACCAGAAGCGGCGAGUAUUUGGGAGAGGAUUUCCCUUACAAUUUUCUGGGUAAAACUCGAGUCUGGCGAAAUCGUAAAUAUAAUGUAAAGGUGAAUCCAGUCCCUAUUGAUGUUUCUAGAAUAAAAUGUGUUGAUUAUUACAAGAGGCUCCAAGUAUGGUCUGCACAUUGGUUUGAAAACGGAAUCCGGAGAAUGAGAUGGUUCAGAUGUGCUUACGGGUUCAAUAGAGCUAAAAAGGCUGCUGAAGAGUUUAGGAAAACAUUGAUAAUGGCAGGUCGGGUUUACGAUAUGAAAACUGAGAGUCAAAAACGCCUAGAAUCUGAGAGACUUAAAUCACUUCGACAUUUAAGGAGCAAAAGGUUUGAAUUUGUUGUAAAAAGAAAGCUGUAA